AUGUCUGAGAUGAUCCUUAUAGAGAGUGUUCGACACACCACGGGAGAUCAUCUGCUAAUGACCUACUACAACUCUGAAGGCACAGGUCGGGUAACAUUGCCAAUGUGGAUCAAGGAGUCUACGAUUUGCCAAAGGACACCAAGAGUGUGGUGUUUUGUGCUGUUGUUGCUCGCCUUGGCGUAUUUCAUGUAUGUGAAGGUCACUGACAAGACGUCCAGGAGGAAAUAG